GUUAUGGGUUUGUUGCUUGAGAGGAGAAGAAGCGCAAGGCAUACAGUCUCUCACACCGCCCCGCUGCAUAAAAUAUUUCAGUAAAGAAACCAAAUUGUAAAUCCAAGGAUUAUUUUAUUUUUCUAAAAUGAAUCGGAUUAUCAAAUUAAAUAGCGUGCCGUGAUUAUUAUUGGGGAACCCAUUCAGUGGUCCUUAUCAGCCAGCUAUCAGUAGUCAUUCUGAGAGAAUAUUGUAGCUACCUAGCUAAUGUUACAGACCAUUCUUAGCGAAGUUAGUUAGCAUUAGCUUCCAUCAACGGUACUGAAUCCAGUCUUGAUAGCCAGCAAUAUCAAACUGGCGAAAGCCUGAUUUCUUUGAGUCAAGGGCCUGGAUAUUUUUGGCAGGAGGGGGAACAGUGAUUUAACGUAGAUCUCUAUGCCAGCAAUUAUGACAAUGUUAGCAGACCAUGCAGCUCGGCAGCUGCUGGACUUCAGCCAGAAACUGGAUAUUAACCUGCUGGACAAUGUGGUGAAUUGUUUGUACCACGGUGAAGGACCACAGCAAAGAAUGGCACAGGAAGUUCUGACCCAUUUGAAAGAGCAUCCAGAUGCCUGGACGAGAGUGGACACCAUACUGGAGUUUUCACAGAACAUGAACACCAAAUACUAUGCACUGCAGAUACUGGAAACGGUUAUAAAAACAAGAUGGAAGAUUCUUCCCAGAAAUCAGUGUGAAGGAAUAAAAAAGUAUGUUGUCGGUCUUAUAAUCAAGACUUCGUCAGAUGCAUCAAAUGUAGAGAAGGAGAAGGUGUACAUUGGAAAGCUCAACAUGAUCCUGGUCCAGAUCCUGAAGCAGGAGUGGCCCAAGCACUGGCCGACCUUCAUCAGUGACAUCGUGGGCGCGAGCCGCACCAGCGAGAGCCUGUGUCAGAACAACAUGGUCAUCCUGAAGCUGCUGAGCGAGGAGGUCUUCGACUUCUCCAGCGGACAGAUGACCCAGGUCAAGGCCAAGCACCUGAAAGACAGCAUGUGCAAUGAAUUCUCACAGAUAUUCCAGCUCUGUCAGUUCGUCAUGGAAAACUCCCAGAAUGCCCCCCUGGUUCAUGCCACGCUGGAGACGCUGUUGCGGUUUCUGAACUGGAUUCCUCUGGGAUACAUAUUCGAAACCAAACUCAUUAGCACGCUUGUGUACAAGUUUCUAAACGUCCCGAUGUUCCGCAACGUGACCCUGAAGUGCCUGACGGAGAUCGCGGGCGUGAGCGUGAGCCAGUACGAGGAGCAGUUUGUCACUCUCUUCACCCUGACCAUGAUGCAGCUGAAACAGAUGCUUCCCUUGAACACCAACAUCCGCCUGGCGUACUCCAACGGCAAAGACGACGAGCAGAACUUCAUCCAGAACCUGAGCCUGUUCCUGUGCACCUUCCUGAAGGAGCACGGGCAGCUGAUCGAGAAGAGGCUGAACCUGAGGGAGACGCUGAUGGAGGCCCUGCAUUACAUGCUGCUGGUGUCGGAGGUGGAGGAGACGGAGAUCUUUAAGAUCUGCCUGGAGUACUGGAACCACCUGGCAGCUGAGCUGUACAGGGAGAGCCCCUUCUCCACCUCCACCUCCCCUCUGCUCUCCGGCAGCCAGCACUUCGACGUCCCCCCCCGACGACAGCUCUACCUGCCCGUGCUGUCCAAGGUCCGUCUGCUGAUGGUUAGCCGAAUGGCGAAACCAGAGGAAGUGCUUGUGGUGGAGAACGACCAGGGAGAAGUGGUCAGAGAGUUCAUGAAAGACACGGACUCAAUCAACCUGUACAAGAACAUGCGAGAGACGCUGGUGUACCUCACGCACUUGGACUACGCCGACACGGAGCGCAUCAUGACGGAGAAGCUGCAUAACCAGGUGAACGGCACCGAGUGGUCCUGGAAGAACCUGAACACACUGUGCUGGGCCAUCGGCUCCAUCAGCGGGGCCAUGCACGAGGAGGACGAGAAGAGGUUCCUCGUCACCGUCAUCAAGGACUUGCUGGGACUGUGUGAGCAGAAGAGGGGGAAGGAUAACAAAGCAAUCAUCGCCUCCAACAUCAUGUACAUCGUGGGCCAGUACCCUCGCUUCCUGCGGGCCCACUGGAAGUUCCUCAAAACCGUGGUCAACAAGCUGUUUGAGUUCAUGCACGAGACCCACGACGGUGUGCAGGACAUGGCGUGUGACACCUUCAUCAAGAUCGCGCAGAAGUGCAGGAGACACUUCGUCCAGGUGCAGGUGGGCGAGGUCAUGCCCUUCAUCGACGAAAUCCUCAACAACAUCAACACCAUCAUCUGCGACCUACAGCCCCAGCAGGUCCACACGUUCUACGAGGCUGUGGGCUACAUGAUCGGGGCGCAGACGGACCAGGCUGUCCAGGAGCACCUGAUUGAGAAAUACAUGCUGCUGCCCAACCAGGUGUGGGACAGCAUCAUCCAGCAGGCCACCAAGAACGUGGACAUCCUGAAAGACCCAGAGACUGUGAAGCAGUUGGGCAGCAUCCUGAAGACCAACGUGAGGGCCUGCAAGGCCGUGGGCCACCCCUUCGUCAUCCAGCUCGGACGCAUCUACCUGGACAUGCUCAACGUCUACAAGUGCCUCAGUGAGAACAUCUCCGCAGCCAUCCAGACCAACGGAGAGAUGGUCACCAAGCAGCCUUUGAUUAGAAGCAUGCGCACAGUUAAAAGGGAAACGCUGAAACUGAUUUCAGGCUGGGUCAGUCGCUCAAAUGAUCCACAAAUGGUGGGGGAGAACUUCGUGCCGCCGCUGCUGGACGCCGUGCUCAUCGAUUACCAGAGAAACGUCCCCGCUGCCCGGGAGCCCGAGGUCCUCAGCACCAUGGCAACCAUCGUCAACAAGCUGGGCGGCCACAUCACCGGGGAGAUCCCCCAGAUAUUCGACGCCGUCUUUGAAUGUACCCUGAACAUGAUCAACAAAGACUUUGAGGAGUACCCAGAGCAUCGAACACACUUCUUCUACCUGCUGCAAGCGGUCAACUCGCACUGUUUCCCAGCCUUCCUGGCCAUUCCCCCAGCCCAAUUCAAACUGGUGCUGGACUCCAUCAUCUGGGCCUUCAAGCAUACCAUGAGAAACGUGGCAGACACCGGUCUUCAGAUCCUCUACACCCUCCUCCAAAACGUGGCCCAGGAAGAGGCUGCCGCUCAGAGCUUCUAUCAGACGUACUUCUGCGACAUCUUGCAACAUAUCUUCUCCGUCGUCACGGACACAUCUCACACCGCAGGUUUGACGAUGCACGCUUCCAUCCUGGCCUACAUGUUCAACCUGGUGGAGGAAGGCAAAAUCAACGCCGCGCUCAACCCAACAAACCCCGUCAACAACCAGGUGUUCAUUCAGGAGUACGUGGCCAACCUGCUCAAGACCGCCUUCCCGCACUUGCAAGAUGCCCAGGUGAAAGUGUUUGUAACAGGAUUGUUCAGCUUAAAUCAAGAUAUUCCUGCCUUCAAAGAGCACCUGCGGGACUUCCUGGUGCAGAUUAAGGAGUUUGCUGGCGAGGACACCACCGACCUGUUCCUGGAGGAGAGGGAGGCGUCCCUGCGCCAGGCCCAGGAGGAGAAACACAAGCUGCAGAUGUCCGUUCCAGGGAUCCUCAACCCACACGAGAUUCCAGAGGACAUGUGUGACUGAACUCACACGCCGUGUACAGCUCAAACUAAGAGAAAUAAAAUUUCAAAAACAGCCAGGUGUGGUGGUAGCCCUUCUGCGGCCGGCCGGUAAGCCUGCCCGCAGGAGAGCCCGCUGCCUGGGCGUCUGUCGACCAAAACAAUGCCAAUAUGUAAAUGAUAAUGUCACCCAGUGGCCCUUUUUACAUGGUAUGCGUUUUAUAUGGAUCCUUUUGUGUAAUAUCUUUCCAUUGUUAAUUCAAGCUUACGUUUGGUCAUCUUUAUUUACAGCUGCAUGAGGUUGUCAGAAUUAAGUCAUUUAAACUUUUUUUCCCCCUCCUCUCCCCCUCUUACCCAUUUAUUUGUUUAUAUAUGAGAUAUAUAAAGGCAAGAGAGCGGUUUUUGUGUGAAAGGUGAAGCGUGUGAAAGGUCAUCUGCAGAAAGGCUUGUGGAACUGUGGUGUUGCAGACAGGAAGUGGGUCCCUGGAGUCGCGGGGACGUGGGUGGCGGGGGCGUGGCCGGGCGGAGGCGGGGUUUGACAGGGUGUGGCACCCCCGGCCCCGCCCCCCGUCACACAGCAUGAGAAUGUGCACUUAGUGGAUUACCAAUGAAGGUGUGAAAGAUGCUGCUUGAGUGCCGGUGGUGCCGCCGUUCUGCUGGUCUCACGGUCGUGCUGGACGUUGUGUCGCUUGGUGGGAACAGCCGCAUAUCAUCCCAAAACGUAGAGCAUCGUCACCACGGGAACACACAGUCGGGUUUCUCUUUCCGUGAGCGUGCGUGUGCUGUCGCUUGGCCGACAUCAGGUUUUUGUUUUCCUCAAUGAGGAUUGUUGCUCAUUUGUGAGCCUUCAUUUAAAUCGAAGUCUAAAAAAAAGUGGUUAAAAUAUUUAUGGGUUAAUGUAGGCUGCAUCUUUAUAACAACUCAUGUUAAUUUGAAUGG